CUACAUCUUUUGUUCUCGCUGCUCCAGCAGCUGACUUUGAAAGACGUAAAUAUCAACCAACUUCACCAAAUACUGUACCGUCACCGCCGAACCAGUCACCAAAACCUAUCCAACAGUCACCUGUACCACGACCAAAACUUGUUCCACGACUGUUACUUGUUCCACAACCACGACUAAAACUUGUUCCACAACCACAACUAAAACUUGUUCCACAACCACAACUAAAACUUGUUCCACAACCACUACCGUCACUUGUACCGCUACUCCUCACUAAUUCUUUAUAA